UAAUAACAAGUGAACCACCAAAAAUGGCAUCAGGUGCAAACAACCCACAACAAUCUUCCUUCAAGUGUCGUAAAUGUAGACGACUUCUUUUCAACGAAGACAGCAUUCUCCGUUCCACAUCAGCCAAAGACUCGGACUUGACUACAACGCAUCAUCAACGGAGUGGCGCUAGUGGCGCUAGUGGCGCAUUGUUGUAUAUCAGUGAGGAUGCAACACCGCCCUGGAUCAAGACUGCUAUUGAGAAGUCACAGUGGACAAGAGGAAAACUUGCCUGCCCAAAAUGCAGAGGACGCCUUGGGUCAUUUGACUUUCUGACCCCUAGCAUAAGGCACCACCAGGAUCACCUGGGGCCUUGGUCCAGCGUUCACAUCAUCGGCAGCCGUGUCGAUCAUGAAUUGCCUCAAUCUCAACUCGCAAAACUGAGAGGUGGUGUCCGAGGGCAAGACCCUCAGGUUAAAGGUCAAGCAUCACCCACCAAAUCAAGAGACAGCUUCGACUUGAGUGUCCUUGACUUACAUCCAAAUGAAGAUGGUGCCCUUCCUGUAGGUUCCUGGUACUUAGAUACACACAAGUUGGAUUCCAGAUCCAGCAAGGUUUCUGAAGUUGAUAAAGAUGAGUUGGAAUCAUUCUCGAUUCUACCAACAAGUACGAAAACAUCUUUGUCGUCAGUUGAACCUAAAGUCCGUAAUCAACUCAGGUUCAGGCCAGGCUAUAAAAACACUGAGCAUUCAAAGACCGAAUCUCAUGCGUCUUAUGCUACCUCUGUUCAGGAGUCGCGGUCUGGCUCCUGUACUUCUACGCAUAACGGACCAUUAACUGAGUCGUGUAGCACAGACUACUUUAAUCGAAUCCCUGUCAAAGAGGUAUUGGAUGCCGAUACUGAAUCAAAUUCUUUGCAUAGCAAUCUCAGUAAUUCAUCCAAACUGUCAAGAAACUCACAAGCAAAAUGUAUCGGUAUUCCACCAAAUUCAAGACCAACUGCCCUCCACUCAUCAUUCAGGGACAGUUCGUCAGAGCAGACUGUCCCGAGACAGUUAUCAGUAGUUGAUCAAAAUACACUUGGUUCUGGUAGUGAAUCGGAAGCGGAAAACAUGUCGCAAUCGCACGUGGUAGUUGGAACUUCCUCGGCACCUGUGACGUGGAAGGACUUUCUGGACGAACUCUUAUUGGAGCUGGAGCGAGAGCCCUCACCAUUGAGAGCUGAGAAUGACGUCAACCAGCUUGUUGAGGACUUCGACACAGACAGUCAACAAGAGGCUUCUGCAAGUUCAGACAACGAUUUCCAGGUAACUGGAGCUCAAAACACCGAGGGGACAUCAGCUUACCUGCAACGGGCCAUCCUAAGAGCUCAGAAGAAAGAGAAGAAUCGCAGGAAGAAUGAGAGAAGGAAACUUCGAAGACGAGAGAGAUGGAAAGAAGAAAAGACGAUGGAAGACCAUGAGCUACUGAUAGAAGAACAGAAUCUUGACUGUGACUCGGCAAAGAUUAUGUCCCUCUUGAGUGUCUGUGACUCGGGUAUGUCCCUCCGCGAGGCAACAACGUGCCCUGUUUGUCUGGACUUGUACCUGUACCCCAACGUGUGCAUUCCCUGUCAGCACAUCUUCUGUGAACCAUGCUUACGCCAGCUUGCCCAGGCUGUGCAGUCGCCCAGGACACCAUGCCCCCUCUGCAGGACAGUCAUUCAGCAUGUCAAGGCACAUGAAACUCUGACGACUGCAAUCCAAGAAGCAUUUCCUCGAAUGAUAGCCCUCCGCAAACAGAACGAGAGAAAAACACUGAACAAAUCCUACCCCCUCCCUGGUGACGCAUUAAACACCCCUAUGUCAACAUGGUUUAACCACAUGCUGAGGGGUCACACCAGGAGACACAACACAAUGGGACUGCACCAUUCUGGAUUAAGAGGUAGACAAGAAUUCGGGGUGAUGUGGCAGAUUGGGGCAGCCUGUUUACUGAUGACAACCCUUGUUGGGAUGACGGGUGUUUUUCUGUUUUCUAUCAUGCUGUAUUCAUGACUGCAAUAUUGUACCACUUCAGCUGUAAAUUUCACCAACCAACCUCUCCCCUCACUUAGGAAUAUUCUUAGGACUUAAGACAUUUAGUACCAGUCCCACCCUUUCACUGGAACUUGUAAACCUCUCAGAUUCAAAUUUUGGGGCAUAAGAACUGAUAUAUUUUGUCCAUAAACACUUUUCUUCAAAGUGAAAUGACUCUCAAAGUGCUUUAUACUACUAAAAGCUGGUGUACUUCUAAACCAAGUAAGUUUGUGUUGCCAUUAAUUUAACGAUUGAUUAACAAACAAAAUAUCUCCCCUUUCCUGUACGAUAAACAUGUCUACCAGUGCCUUCUGAGUUUUGUCAAAAAAAUCCAUACAGUACGCUAAAUUGGAACCCGUUACCAUUUCAGCUUUCAUAUUCUAGAGCAGAUGUCUUUAAUGCUUGACGUCUGAGCAUGGGUGGUUACGAAAAGCCAACCUGGGCCCAAUUUCAUAGAGCUGCUUAGCACAAUACUUUGCUUAGCAUGAAAUUUCUUC